AGACGGAGGCUAGAGAAGGAGUUAUAAGAAUUGCAGGGGACUGUUUGAAAUGAAAACUUUAGGGUGCUUUUAGAAUUAUUCCUUCAGGAAACUAUGACCUAAAAUCAGCUAAACACUACGGGUCACAGCCACGGUUGCCGACGAAAAAUCUGACCGUCGGCUCAAGGACGCCGGCAAUCCACAACGUAACGCCCGCCGUCUCCUACUGCGAAGAAAGCCGCCGCAACCUCAGCGAGAGGCCGGAGAGAUUCCCGGCAGUUUAUUCCAUUCUUUUGCUCCAGCAACUGCCAGUUCAAGAUUCAACAGAAUUGUAUAGGAAGAAUUUAUGUAGAUAGAUAAUUCUAAAAGAAAUUUAAUUUGUAUAUCAUGCAUGGUAUUGGUUGCGGAAUUUGCCAUUCCUCCCUGAACCCAAUGAAGCUCUGUUGCACAUAAUUUGCCCAGUUCUAAUAAUUGGGAAAACCAAGUGGUUGGAGAGAAGGCAAGGCUAAAACUUUGGUAUAAUAGAUUGCAGGCAUGAUGAAGUUCCGGUAUGCUAUGGUAUGCUCGUCUAACCAGAAUCGAAGCAUGGAAGCUCACUCGCUCCUCAAGAGACAGGGCUUUGAUGUGUCAUCUUAUGGAACUGGAGCUCAUGUUAAGCUUCCGGGACCUUCACUCAGAGAACCUAAUGUUUAUGACUUUGGAACCCCGUACAAGCAGAUGUUCGAUGAUCUCAGACGUAAAGAUCCAGAGCUGUACAAGCGUAAUGGUAUUUUGCCUAUGCUUAAGAGGAAUUCAUCUGUGAAGCUUGCACCUCAACGUUGGCAAGAUAAUGCUCUUGAUGGUUCCUUUGAUAUUGUUUUUACAUUUGAAGAAAAGGUUUUUGAUAUGGUUAUUGAAGAUCUCCACAACCGGGAACAGAAUCUUAUGAAAAGCGUUCUGGUGAUCAACUUGGAGGUGAAAGAUAAUCACGAGGAGGCAGCCAUAGGCGGCCGAUUGACUUUAGAUCUUUGCCAAGAAAUUGAAAAAACUGAAAAUUGGGAGGAAUCCAUAGAUGACAUUGUAGCUGCAUUUGAGAAACAACAUCGAAGGAAGCUGUUGUAUGGCAUCUCUUUCUACUAAGAUAAACUCUCCGGUGAUCAGAGCACGUGUGUCUGCCACCUGCAAUUAUGUAGCAUACUUUGAUUGGAUCGGUGCCAUCAAAGAAUUGUUGCCAUUGAAAAUGAUCUGAAAACACUAAUGGAAUUAGCCCUUUCUUUCCAAACCUUUAAUUCUAUUCUUGAUAAUGUUGUGUGAUUCUCUUAUUUUCCUCCUCCACUAACUUGCUCUUGUAAUAUUAUUGUGUCAAACCUCAACCAUGGUAGGAGGACUUUCUUGUUUUCAGAAUGAAGCUUACAGGAUUUUGAUUUCA